AUGAAAGAUUUGCUUGUUGAAAAGGGGCCUAUUAGGGAAACUAACAUCAAUUUCCCUAGAGAUAAUAUAGGUAGACACUUUUCUGAUGAAUUUUAUGUUCGUAAGUUACGUAAUGGUGAUUGUCAUGAUAGAAAGUGGUUAGUUUAUUCAAAAGAGCUAGAUAAAGUCUUUUGUUUUUGUUGCAAACUUUUCAAAGAAGGCCGGUCAAAAAGCCAAUUAGCAAGUGUUGGAUUAAGUGAUUGGAAACAUCUUGGUCAAGGAUUAAGCACUCAUGAAAAUAGCAUUAAGCAUAUGACUAGCUUAGGAAUUUGGUCCGAAUUGCGAUUGAGAUUGAGUAAAAAUGAAACACUUGAUAAAGAGCUACAAGAUUUGAUAAAAAAGGAUACUGAUCAUUGGAAAGAAGUUUUGGUUAGAAUWAUUGCUGUUGUUAAAUGUCUAGCAAAGAAUAAUAUAGCUUUUCGUGGGAAAAAUGAAAGAAUUUUUGAAGAAUCUAAUGGUAACUUCUUAGGCGUAAUUGAAAUGAUUGCCGAGUUUGAUCCGGUUAUGAAACAACACUUUCACCGUAUCAAAGAAAAAGAAACUCAUUAUCAUUAUCUUAGCCACAAGAUUCAAAAUGAAUUGAUUGACAUGUUGACAUCUAAUGUUAAGAGUGCAAUCAUUAAAAAGAUCAAAGAGGCAAAAUAUUUUUCAGUUAUUCUUGAUUGUACUCCGGAUGCAAGUCAUCAAGAACAAAUGACUUUGAUUUUAAGAUGUGUUGACGUGUCUAGCUCUCCUAUACAAGUAGAAGAGUUCUUUUUAGAGUUUUUGGUGGUAGAAGAUACAUCUGGUUUAGGACUUUUUAAUGUAUUACAAGAUGUUUUGAAAUCACUUGAUUUGGAUAUCAAUUAUGUGCGGGGACAAGGAUAUGACAAUGGCUCUAAUAUGACAGGGAAACAUCAAGGUGUGCAAAAAAGAUUACUUGAUAUAAAUCCUAGAGCCUUUUAUAUGCCAUGUGGUUGUCAUAGUCUUAAUUUAGUUUUAUGUGAUAUGGCAAAUUCUUGUCACAAAGCAAAAACCUUUUUUGGUACUUGUCAAGCCAUAUACAAUGUCUUUUCUAAUUCUACAAAGAGAUGGACUGUUUUAUUAGAAUAUAUUGAUGAUUUGACUUUGAAAUCUUUAUCUACUACUCGAUGGGAAAGUCAUAUUGAAAGUGUUAAAGCUAUCAAAACUCAAGUUGGCCAAAUUAGAGAUGUUUUAGUACAAUUGGCUCAAGUAAGUAAGGAUGGAAGAGUGUGUAGGGAAGCCGAGUCUUUGGUUAAUGGUGAGCUUUCAAGUUUUGAGUUUAUUGUAAGUUUGGUUAUUUGGCAUGAAAUUCUGUAUAGAAUUAAUUUAGUGAGCAAGAAGUUACAGUCUAAAGAUAUGCUUCUUGAUGUUGCAAUACAAAAUCUAAAAGGAUUAGUUGAAUAUUUUGAAAAAUAUAGGGAAAGUGGGUUUACAUGUGCCAUUUGUGAAGCUAAAGAGAUUGCAAGUAAUAUUGGAAUUGAACCUGAGUUUGCUGUAAAACGUUUUUUCUCAAGGAAAAAACAAUUUGAUGAAAUUCCAAAUACGGAGAGAGAACACCAAUCCGCUCAAGAGACAUUUAGAACUGAUUAUUUUCUUGUUUUAGUUGAUAUGGCUCUUUUGCAGUUACGAACCAGAUUUGAACAAAUGCAAGAAUUUGAAUCUAUGUUUGGCUUCUUGUUUGAUGGGCGAAAUUUGGUUACUUUACAUGAUGACGAGUUAAAAAAAUGUUGUUUGAACCUUGAACUUGCUUUAACAAAUGGUAAUGAUUCUGAUAUUGGUGGUGAAUAUUUGUUUAUGGAGUUACAAGCUUUGCAGGGAAUGCUACCAGAAGAGGCAUCUAAAAGUGGAAAUCCUUGGACAUCGAUACAAAUUAUGGAGUUCGCAAAGAAAAUGGACAUGUUUCCACAUGUCUUGCUUGCUUACAGGAUACUAUUGACCGUACCGGUGACCGUAGCAUCUACGGAAAGAAGCUUUUCAAAGUUAAAGUUGUUGAAGUCGUAUUUGCGGUCUACCAUGAGUCAAGAAAGAUUGAACGGGCUAGCAAUCUUGAGUAUUGAGAGAACACUAGGUCUGGUAACCGUGGGAGAGGACGUGGGUGCGGAACUAUAUGACGGAGGAGAGGGAGUUGGAAAUCAGACACCACCAACAGGAAGAGGUCGUGGUCAUGGUCGUCAUCGCGGUCGUGGUCAUGGUCUUGGGAACACCGCAAGCUCAAGCAUGACUAUUCUGUGGAUGCAAGCUCGGCCACCCGUAGGGUAUGAGAACAAAACCAAGGAAUUGGAAAGAGGAGAAAAUGACUUCACCGAGGAGGCACUAAUUGACAAGAUAACUAGAGUCCUCCAAAAUACCCUCCCAAGCAUGCUAAAGGCCAUGGUAGGUGAUAGGUUCAAAGCCCUCGAAGUAGAAGAGGAAGCAAGCACCCAUAAAGAGAAGAUAAUGAUUAACUUUCAAACCACUGAGAAAAUGGAGUCGUCUGACAAAUGA